UUCAAGAAAUGAAGGCUUCUCGUUGCUUUUCAAUGUCCCUAUUUCUUUUAAUUGUUCUAAUCUCAUUUCCAUGGCCAAAUUCAGCAAAUUCACAUGUGAAUGAUUUUCUGGAUUGCCUUCAUUCAUUUCAUCCCAAAGACACAGUUUCAAUCUCCAAGGUGAUUUACACCCACAAUAAUGCUUCUUAUUCGUCUGUGUUGAACUCUACCAUUCAAAACCUCAGGUUCUCAACUCCAACAACCCCAAAACCUCUGGUCAUUGUAGCACCAUUGACAACUUCUCAUAUUCAAGCAACAAUCCAUUGUUCUAGAAUCCAUGGCUUCCAGAUUCGAAUCCGAAGCGGCGGCCAUGAUUUCGAAGGCCUUUCGUAUGUCUCCCGAGUACCAUUUAUUAUUCUCGAUAUGUUUAAUUUGCGAACAGUUGACAUCGAUGUGGAAAAAAAGGUUGCAUGGGUUCAGUCCGGUGCGAUUCAAGGUGAAUUUUACUAUGAACUUGCUAAAAUGAGUAGAACCCUCGCCUUUCCUGCUGGUAUUUGUCACACAGUGGGGAUUGGUGGGUACUUAAGUGGAGGAGGAUACGGUUUAUUGCUUCGGAAAUAUGGAAUUGCAGACGAUAACGUAAUCGAUGCUGUGAUUAUUGAUGUUAAGGGAAGGAUUCUCAACAGAAAAUCGAUGGGAGAAGAUUUGUUUUGGGCCAUUCGAGGCGGUGGAGGUGGGAGCUUUGGAGUCGUACUUUCAUGGAAACUAAAGCUCGUUUCGGUUCCGGAAACAGUGACGGUUUACAACAUCAGAAAAACCCUGGAACAAAACUUGACCGAAUUUGUUCAUCAAUGGCAAUACGUAGCCCCCAAGCUUCCCGGUGAUGUAUUCUCAGUUGUUUCAAUGAGAAAGGUGAACCAAAACGGAAAACAAACUAUUCUAGCUUCCUUCAGUUCUUCUUUUCUCGGAAAACCUAAUGAACUGAUUCCAUUGAUGAAAGCUCGAUUCCCAGAACUGGGGUUGAAGAAGGAAGACUGCAUUGAAAUGAGUUGGGUCGAAUCACUUCUUUUUUUCGGCCAGAUCCGAAACGAAUCCAUUGAAGUUCUGCUGGACAGGAGUUAUAAAUCACCUCUCAGUGGUCCCUCAUUCAAAUCGAAACUAGAUUAUGUCAAAAACCCUAUUCCAGAAUCUGGUUUGAAAAAGAUUUGGCCGAAGCUUUUGGAAGAAGAUGCAGAAACAGCAGUGAUGGCUUUCGUUGCUUAUGGAGGGAAAAUGGAUGAAGUUCCAGAAUCUUCAACGGCAUUUCCACACAGAAAAGGGAACUUAUUCCAUAUUGCUUACACAGUGGGAUGGAAUGGAGAAGAGAACGUGAAAUCACAAAGGUACAUGAACUGGAUCAGAAAUUUUUACAGUUUCAUGGGGGAAUUUGCUUCGAAAUCUCCACGUGAAGCAUACGUUGGUUACAGAGAUAAUGACAUUGGAACUAACGACAAAGAUACAAGUUAUGGGAAAGCACGUGUUUGGGGUCGGAAAUAUUUUAAGAAUAAUUUUGACAAAUUAGUCCAUGUGAAGAUGAUGAUUGAUCCACACAAUUUUUUCAAGCACGAACAAAGCAUCCCUUCAAGUUUUACCGGAAUCCAAGAAAAAGGUGUUAUUAUUACCGGCGGAAGAUUUUAAGAACAAGAUUUGGGUGUUUUAUGAGACUUGUGUUCUUUCAAUGUGUUCUGUGGUUGUAAUGAUGAUUUGUUUCGUUCAGUUUUCACUUUGAGAUGCCAUUUCAAUUUGUUUUUGUAGUUU